UGACUCGGCUCCGCGCGGCGACAUGGACCGGAUGGCCAGCUCCAUGAAGCAGGUGCCCAACCCGCUGCCCAAGGUGCUGAGCAGGCGCGGGGUGGGCGCGGGAAUCGAGGCGGCCGAAAGGGAGAGCUUCGAGCGGACUCAGACUGUCAGCAUCAAUAAGGCCAUUAAUACGCAGGAAGUGGCUGUAAAGGAAAAACACGCCAGAACGUGCAUCCUGGGCACCCACCAUGAGAAAGGGGCACAGACCUUUUGGUCUGUUGUCAACCGGCUGCCCCUCUCUAGCAACGCUGUUCUGUGCUGGAAGUUCUGCCACGUGUUUCACAAACUCCUCCGAGAUGGACACCCAAACGUCCUGAAGGACUCUCUGAGAUACAAAAAUGAACUGAGUGACAUGAGCAGGAUGUGGGGCCACCUGAGCGAGGGCUAUGGACGGCUGUGCAGCACCUACCUCAGACUGCUAAGAACAAAGAUGGAAUAUCACACCAAAAAUCCCAGGUUCCCGGGCAACCUUCAGAUGAGUGACCGGCAGCUGGACGAGGCUGGAGAGAGCGACGUUAACAACUUUUUCCAGUUAACAGUGGAGAUGUUUGACUACCUGGAGUGUGAACUUAACCUCUUCCAAACUGUGUUCAGUUCCCUGGACAUGUCCCGCUCCGUGUCAGUGACGACCGCUGGCCAGUGCCGCCUCGCCCCGCUCAUCCAGGUCAUACUCGACUGCAGCCACCUGUAUGAUUACACUGUCAAGCUCCUCUUCAAACUCCACUCCUGUCUCCCAGCCGACACCCUGCAAGGCCACCGGGACCGCUUCAUGGAGCAGUUCACGAAGUUGAAAGAUCUGUUCUACCGCUCCAGCAACCUCCAGUAUUUCAAGCGGCUCAUUCAGAUCCCUCAGCUGCCCGAGAACCCACCCAACUUCCUGCGAGCCUCUGCCCUGUCAGAGCACAUCAGCCCUGUGGUGGUCAUCCCGGCCGAGGCUUCGUCCCCAGACAGCGAGCCGGUCCUGGAGAAGGAUGACCUCGUGGACAUGGAUACCUCACAGCAGAAUUUAUUUGACAACAAGUUUGAUGACAUCUUUGGCAGCUCGUUCAGCAGCGACCCCUUCAAUUUCAACAGUCAGAAUGGCGUGAACAAGGAGGAGAAGGAUCACUUAAUUGCUCAACUCUACAGAGACAUCAGUGAGCUGAAGGCCCAGCUAGAGAACAUGAAGACGGAGAGCCAGCGGGCCGUGCUGCAGCUGAAGGGCCGGGUCAGCGAGCUGGAGGCCGAGCUGGCGGAGCAGCAGCACCUGCGGCAGCAGGCGGUCGAUGACAACGAGUUCCUCCGGGCAGAGCUGGAUGAGCUCAAGAAGAAGCGAGAAGACACGGAGAAGGCCCAGCGGAGCCUGACAGAGAUAGAAAGGAGAGCCCAGGCCAAUGAACAGCGGUACAGCAAGCUAAAGGAAAAGUACAGCGAGCUGGUGCAGAACCACGCCGACCUGUUGCGGAAGAAUGCAGAGGUGACCAAACAGGUGUCCGUGGCCAGACAAGCCCAGGCAGAUUUGGAACGAGAGAAGAAAGAGCUAGAAGACUCUUUCCAGCGCCUAAGUGACCAGGCCCAGCGGAAGACUCAAGAACAGACCGAAGUAUUAGACAGCCUGAAGCAAGAACUUGCCACCAGCAAACAGGAACUCCAGCUUGUCCAAGGCAGCCUGGAAACUUCUGCGCAGUCAGAAGCCAAAUGGGCGGCUCAGCUCACUGAACUAGAGAAGGAGCGGAGUGGCUUGGUGCACACGGUGGCCUGCCGGGAGGAGGAGGCAUCCGCCCUUCGGGAACAGCUGGAACGCACCCAGCAGGAACUGUCCAGCACACAGGAAUCGAUGUGCCAGCUCGCCAAGGACCAACGCAAAAUGCUUCUGGUGGAGACCAGGAAGGCCGCGGAGCAGGUGAUAGGAGCGGCCCUGAGGCAGCUGGAGGAACCCCCUCUGAUCAGCUGUGCCGGGUCUGCAGAUCACCUUCUUUCCAAGGUCAAGUCUGUUUCCAGCUGCAUUGAGCAACUGGAACAAAGCUGGAGCCAGUAUCUGGCCAGCCCAGAAGAGAUCAGCGAGCUUCUCCGCUCGGUAACCCUCCUGGCGCACCUGACCAGUGACACCAUGGCUCACGUUAGCAGCACCUGCCUUCGAGCCCCGCCGGAGCCUGCUGACUCACUGACCGCGGCCUGCAAGCAGUUUGGCAAGGAAACCCUCACCUAUCUGGCUUUCCUGGAGGAAGACGGGACGGUUGAGAAUGACAGCACAGCCGUGAAGAGCUGCCUGAGCAAGAUCUCUGCCAUUGGCGAGGAGCUCCUGCCCAGAGGCCUGGACAUCAAACAGGAGGAGCUGGGGGACCUGGUGGACAAGGAGAUGGCCGCCACUUCAGCUGCCAUUGAAACUGCUACGGCCAGAAUAGAGGAGAUGCUCAGCAAAUCCCGAGCUGGGGACACAGGAGUCAAAUUGGAGGUGAACGAAAGGAUCCUGGGCUCCUGUACGAGCCUCAUGCAAGCUAUCCAGGUCCUGAUUGUGGCCUCUAAGGACCUCCAGAGAGAGAUAGUGGAGAGUGGCCGGGGAACAGCAUCACCUAAAGAGUUUUAUGCCAAGAAUUCCCGUUGGACGGAAGGACUCAUUUCAGCAUCCAAAGCUGUGGGCUGGGGAGCCACUGUCAUGGUGGAUGCAGCUGAUCUGGUGGUACAAGGCAGAGGGAAAUUUGAGGAACUAAUGGUGUGUUCACAUGAAAUUGCUGCUAGCACAGCCCAGCUCGUGGCUGCGUCUAAGGUGAAAGCUGAUAAGGACAGCCCAAACCUGGCCCAGCUGCAGCAGGCCUCUCGGGGAGUGAACCAGGCCACCGCCACUGUUGUGGCCUCAACCAUUUCCGGCAAAUCACAGAUCGAGGAGACAGACAACAUGGACUUCUCCAGCAUGACAUUGACCCAGAUCAAACGCCAGGAGAUGGAUUCCCAGGUCCGGGUGCUGGAGCUGGAAAACGAACUGCAGAAGGAGCGCCAAAAACUGGGAGAGCUUCGGAAAAAGCACUACGAGCUCGCGGGUGUUGCCGAGGGCUGGGAGGAAGGAACAGAAGCAUCUCCACCGGCGCUGCAGGAAGCGGCCCCCGGAAAAGAAUAGAGCCACACCGCCACCCCACGUGUCCGAGUCCUUUUCUGUUUCCAUCAUUUGCACCAACCCGGGAGCGUCAGAGGGCUGGUGGGCUCCAAACCAGGACGCCGCUCCAAACCUGUGCCGUCAGAACGGCAGGAGCGUCCUUGGCUGGCACGCCAAGGCAGCUUCCCCCUCUCUCGGCGGUUCCAUGGCUUUCCACUGCUUCUUAUGGUGGUCGCUUGGAUUUUCUUUUUCUUCCCUGGUGGGUUUUUCUGGGGGUUUUGUUUUUGGUUUUCUUCUUUCAGCGUUCACUCGUAGAACCAAUUCUCCCAAAGGGAGCGCCCCUGGAGCUCCGAGCCAUCAGGGGGCCCCUAACCACAGCAGUUAAGCAAUGGUGCUGCUUAGGCUCCACCUUGGUGCUCCACGCCAGCCUCCAUGCCCAGUGUCCUGCGGAGCGGGGACGGUGCGGCCGAGGCCACGCCCCGGGGGCGGGCACCGCUGCUGGGCCACGCCUUCCUCCAAAGGCUGAAGCAGCGGGAGUGCCUUUCCUUUCUAAAGCGAGCACCUGGCUGGGAGAGCCCCUGCCCAGCUUCACGAGCGACCAGGGCUUAAGAAAGAAGGGAAAGAGGGAUGCCCACGGCCCCGGUCUCGGGAGACCCCGCUCUUGGGAACUCCACGUGACCAGGCUGAAUCACCCAAUCACAUGUCUGAAUGUGUUGGUGCGAGAAGCCACAUUUCUGAUCCUGGAAUGAAUUUUCCGGGCCACCUCCCUUCAGACCCAGGCAGGACCCUAAGGGGGAGCUCGUGAGGGGUUUCCAAUUCCUUUCUCCAAAUGGCUUCCUUGGCAUCCUCUUGAACCUGAAGAAGCUAUAGAGUUCCACGUUCUACCUAAUUGAUAGACCCAGAAGAUCAGGCUAACUUGCUCCCAGCGGGAAAGAACCCUGUGCUUGGUUUGGUACCUUCCCUAUUUAUUACUAACCUCCGUUAAGCAUCAGCAGCCUACAAAAAGCCGCUUUGAGCAAUCAGGAUUUGAGACGUAAAGAUGGCAAGGUGUGCGUUGCUGCCCUAGGUCAUCAGUCUUCAAGUAUCAGAAACAAAGCCAACAUGCUUCCCAGUCUGUUACCGGCCUAGACCCCGAAACAAGCGGGUUUCUCAGAGCAUCUGGGUCAGGGAAACCGAGAAAGGGGGACCACUGGCUCCGAACCCUUCCAGCCACACGUCCCGGGUCCUUGCUGCUCGGUCGGGAUGAGGACAGAGGGCACAUUAACAGCUUCCUAGAGGCGGGUAGCCUGACACCACGUGUCCACCUCCAGAUGAACCCCAGCAUUUAAGUGACCUUCGGAUCUUGGACAAACUGUCUUCCUUGUCUGUAGCUACUCGUAGGUAGAAAGCCAACAAGCACUUCCCAGGACCCGUCCCAAAGGAACGUAGCGAAGUGUUGCUACCUGACCGGUUGUGAGAGUCCUGUUUGAUCACUGUGAAUCAACCCCGCCCCUUCCUAACCACGCCCCUCCCUCUCUGUACAUUUCCUAAGUAGGGCACUCAAAGCAUGCUCUGCCGUUAGCUCAGAUUCCAAGAGUCAGACAUGCGAUCUCCACAUUGGACUUGGGGGGACGGGGCCAGCAGAGGAAGAUGAGUGGUCUCACGCUUUAAAGCUCCUUUGUGCUCAGCGUUUGUCCAUCCGAGGCUCCGAAUGAGGGGCAUGCGGCAUCCCCAGCCCCGUUGUCCAUUAGCAGAGUGGGUCAACAUUUCCACAGCGGACUAGUCCUCACUCCCCAAGAGUCUCGGCCGAACUAUUGUGCCUGGGUUACCAGUGGUGACAAAAAAAUCUAGCAUAUGGGACCACACUAGGAUUCUCUGAAUGACACUCGGUCUAAAAAGAAGCCACGGUAAUUUUUAAAAUCUUUGCAGACUUCGUGCAAGUAAUGCAACCCUGGAGAAGGCAAUUAAACAGGAACGCAAGCUAAUCCCCUCUCGCUCGAGAAAUGUCGGCCAGAUGCAGCAUAAUUUCGUUGGUCAUCGCUCACCUUAGAAGCUGGUCCAUGUUCUAGCCAAAAUCAAAUUGUCCUACCUUGGCUUUUCUAAAAAUGAGUGUGUCUAUAUUUGGGGUAAAACGCUCGAUUAAAACAGGAAUCACAUCCUAAGGCUAAAAAUGAACCUCACAGCCUUUUAAAUUAGUCACCUGAGCAUCAGUAGUGACUGAAGCCCCAUGGGUCAAUGUAAAUGGGUCACAGCAAGGGAGAGCGAAGUAAUGGCUUAGAGCCGACCAGAGGCUGAAAGACAGCUGUAUCCGUUAUUUAAUUUUGUAAUACAGUGCUCUAAUACCUCUAGGGUAAGGGUUUGUGUGUACAUAAUAAGGAACGAAAUAGAAAAGACCUACCUUUGUGGGGUUCUUUUAUAUCUGAGUCAGGAGUUUAAAUUAGACUAUAAUUUAGAUUCUUUGCUGAUUCUGCUGCUUACAGCAGGGUCUCUAGGAUCCCAUCUGAAUCGGAGUCCCUAACCCAGUGGCUGGAAGAACCAAACAUUGUCCAGAACAUCCUUUCUGGAAGUGUUUGAGCUGCCAAGUCAACACCAGGGUUUUACCAGGUACCACGGGGGUCACAGUGCAUGUCGUUCAUUCAGUCAGGUUGGUUUGCUUCGGCCUCUCCCUGAGGAGAAGCUGGUUCUGAACUUGCACCUGGGACACACUCACUUCGCAGCUGGCUCCUUAGCCCUGAGGGGUCUGCCGGCUCCACUUACCCUGGUCUUUGACAACGAGUAAAGUUCUUGCUACCUUCUACCACCUUUGCAAAUCUCUGGAAAUCCUUCCUGCCAACAAAGGCCUUCGAUCCUGGCAUUGGCCUUUCAACUAGAUUGGCUUUGCCGUCCGCCGUCUUUGGUCCUCCAGAGAGCACACUGUAUAGCCUAGAAAACCACCACCACAGGCCUGCCAGCCUUCACCACAGCAAACCGGGCCAGCUGUCCGCCGCUCAAGUUCCCUUCAUCUCCCAGGGUCAGACCAAAUACAGGAUCAGCGACCCAGAGGGGUGGCACAGCCUCUCAUCCCCAGGAGCCAAAGCAACGGGAUACAAUUGGUCAGAUGCCGUGGGGUCCGAUUCUGAGAGUAGAUCAUUUCCAGACAUGUCUUUCAGGUGACCCUCAACUACCUCAGGUUUGAAGGCCCUAAACAAAGCUGAUUACUACUCAUAGGGACAAACCGAGGGGGUUCAGAUAAAUCUUGGUGAUAACUUAUAACAAACUCUCACAUUUAGGUUUGCAGGGAUAGGUUGGGUUUGUUUUUUUCUUCUGUUUUUAACCUUUCCCCCAGUUUUCCAUUAGAAUAGUUCCUAUAAGUGAAUUUCAUUUUCCACUGAGUGCCUACCUUCCCAGGGCAGGUAGCCACUGGCUUUUGUUCCCUUCCAACAAUACUUUUAUUAUGGUAUUGAGACCUUUCUUUGUAUAAUACAUUGCAUCUGUGUUUUCAAUUUUUCAAAUAAAUAUUUCAACCUGG